CACCGUCAAUGGGUGUACAUAGAGCCGCCAAGGAUCAAAAGAGGACAGUGUCCCCAAACACAAUUCUCCCAACAGAGGUACGCCGCCGAGGCCGCCGCCAUUGUGCCGAAUCGAGGCUUUCGCCUGGAGACUGCCACCAACUCCAAGCGAGCGAGGGACAUGACAAACACGCCCGGCAACGUCUCUAGGGAGGGGAUGAUAUCCAUGGGUGACAUCGCCCCCGGCUCGACGGAAGUCGUGCAAAAUUUUCAUCCGCUCGUCACACAUCAGCACACCUCAUAGAAUUGGGCAACACCAUCCAAUUAGCCUUGCACCUCCGCCACAGCAACACUAAGCCGACAUAGCCGCAAAGCCAAUCGAGGACCGGCGACUGACUGCAGGGCAAAGAGAAACCCGGCCACACCACCAACUCCAAGCCUGGACAAGGAACCACAGACACCCCGUGCCUCUGACAAGGUCCAGGACCGGCCAUGACGCCAGUCGCCCACUCCAAGGGAUAGCCUUGCGGCGGCCGGACCCGCUUCUCCACGAAGAACCAUGCUCAACAUGCCGCACCACCAGGAGAGCCCCGACACUCUCCACACCACACAGCGUUGACCGACCACUCGUUGCUCGCCAAGAAUCCAUCUUGGCCGAGGCAUCACACCGUCGCCGCCACCAGCCUGUCCGUGGGCUCGCUUCGCUGCCUCCAGACGGCACCACCGCCACCCGAACUCGCCACUUCACCGCUGCCAGCUCCCGCCAGACCCGCCGCUCCACCAGCGCUUCUGACGUGUUCCGACCGCCACCCCCCACAUCCGGCUGGCACAGAUCUGACCCAGCCGAGACCCGCCACGAAGAAAAGUGUCGCGCCGCCACCGGUCAGCAAGCUGCUCCGCCACACACCACCACCUGCUUGCGUGCACCACCCUACUUGCGUGCACCACCCUACCCGCUGGCCUCCGAGUUCCGCCAUCGUGGCCGAAGAAGAAUCCCCCCCACCACACUCGAGGAGAGGGCAAGGAAGAUCCCGCAGUACGUCACUCUCAUCAGAAGACCAACCCCAUUCCUCCAUCCCACUCCAGCAUUGUGAUCUCCCAGAAAGCCAACCACGGAAUCAAGCAGAGCAUCUCGUCAUGGCGGCCGCGGCCAGGGCCUUCGCCGCGCACGUGCUGCGCGGGAGGUGGUUCAUGGCGCACGGCUCCUUCCUCAUCAUGUCCGCGGCGGGGGCGACGUACAUCUUCGCCGUCUACUCCAAGGACAUCAAGGCCACGCUCGGCUACACCCAGGAGCAGCUCAACACCGUCGGCUUCUUCAAGGACGUCGGCGCCAACGUCGGCAUCCACGCCGGCCUCAUCGCCGAGGUCGCCCCGCCAUGGCUCGUCCUCUCCAUCGGCGCCGCAAUGAACCUGGGUGGAUACCUCAUGCUCUACCUCUCCGUCGCCGGCGUCGUCCGCGCCAGGCCGCCGCUCUGGCUCGUGUGCCUCUACAUCGCCGUCGGCGCCAACUCGCAGGCCUUCGCCAACACCGGCGCACUCGUCACCUGCGUCAAGAACUUCCCCGAGAGCCGCGGCGUCAUACUCGGCUUGCUCAAGGGCUUCGUCGGACUCAGCGGAGCCAUCUUCACCCAGCUCUACCUCGCUUUCUACGGUGGAGGCGGCGGUGACACCAGACCGCUCAUACUGCUCGUUGGCUGGCUCCCGGCCGCCGUCUCCGUGGCCUUCCUCGGCACGAUACGGAUCAUUCGCUCGCCGCGCUCCCCGGCCGCGGCGCGCCGCGAGUACCGCGCGUUCUGCGGCUUUCUGUACGUGUCGCUCGCUCUCGCCGCUUACCUCAUGGUCGUCAUCAUCUUGCAGAAGAGGUUCUUGUUCACCCGAGCAGAGUUUGGCGUCAGCGCCGCCGUCGUGCUCGCAAUGCUUCUCGUCCCAUUCACCGUGGUCCUGCGCGAGGAGGCCGCACUGUUCAAGAACACACGGGAAGCGCAGACCGUGGUGACCGUGGCCACCAAACCACGGACGCCGGCACAAGAACCAGCGGCCGUUGCGGAGAAGCCAGCAGCUACACUGACGUCGAGGGUGGUGCGGGCGCUGAGGCCACCACCGCUUGGCGACGACUACACGAUCCUGCAGGCGCUGGUGAGCGUGGACAUGCUGCUGCUGUUCACGGCGACGGUGUUCGGCAUGGGCGGCACCCUCACGGCCAUCGACAACAUGGGCCAGAUCGGCGAGUCGCUGGGUUACCCGCAGCGCAGCAUCGCCACCUUCGUCUCCCUCAUCAGCAUCUGGAACUACCUCGGCCGGGUCGCCUCCGGCUUCGCGUCGGAGGCGCUCCUCGCGCGGUACCGCCUCCCGCGCCCGCUCGUCCUCGCCGUCGUCCUGCUCCUCACCGUCCCGGGCCACCUCCUCAUAUCGUUCGGCGUGCCGGGAUCCUUGUACGUGGCGUCGGUGAUCAUCGGGUUCUGCUUCGGCGCGGCGCAACCGCUGAUCCUGGCGAGCGUGUCGGAGCUGUUCGGGCUCAGGUACUACUCCACGCUCUACAACCUGUGCGGCACGGCAAGCCCCGUGGGGUCGUACGUCCUCAACGUGCGCGUGGCCGGGCGCAUGUACGACCGCGAGGCCGCGCGGCAGGGUGGCGGACACGCCGUGGCCUCGGCGGCCGGGAAGAGGUUCGUGACUUGCAUCGGCGUCCGGUGCUACAAGGAAUCGUUCUUGGUCAUAACGGCGGUGACGGUGGCCGCCGCGGCGGUGACGCUGGUGCUGGCGUGGAGGACUCGGGGAUUCUACGCGGGGGACGUAUACGCGCGGUUUAAGGAGGAGGAGGAGGAGGAGACGGUGGUGGUUGGACAGAGCAGAAAUGGCGUCGCCGCGUCGGAGACGACCGGUUAAAAGUGAAAGGGAGUUGGCGCUAAGAGCAUCUGAUAUAAAAAUCAGCCCAAAAACUGCUUGAUGCAAAUUAUACAUCAGCAAAAACGGGAUUUUUACAUCACCGAAAGUGUCCAACUCCAACAGGUAAUGUGUUCUAGAUUCUUUCUUUCUAACUAACCACCCCCUGAUUUUCACGGGAGUGGGCCUCUCAUCCCCUUAAUCUCCAAUCAAAAUCUACCUAUUUGUAAAAGCCGUGUAAACAUAUGUAUGUGUAGCAUUACUGAAAGGAUCGAUAUAGUUGACUA